AUGGACAGUGCAGUGAGCUGAGCAAAUAAAAGGUGUUAAAUACGAAAUGAUAUCAUCGGUUUAUUGUGAUGUGUGAUGUGCGUGGUUUAGCUGGUCAUUUUUGUAGCUUUUUAAGAUAUAAUGGUCCCAAUUUAUAUUUCUGACCGUUUCAGCGAUCCAACUACUCCUUCUUCGCCCCAAGAAGUCCAAAGCCCGACCAGAGCCUACUGCAUAUGCCGAUCUACUUUCUGAUCCGUAUAUUCUGAUCGCUGCUGGUGCCAUUUGGAUCAGCAAUCUGGCCUUCUCGAUGCUGGAACCCUCUCUUCCAUUGUGGAUGAUUGAGAAUUGGGGAUCAACCUCGACCGAGCAAGGAAUGGCUUUUUUGCCGAGCUCAUUGGCCUACAUGAUUGGGACAAACAUGUUUGGCUUCGUUUCGAAAUAUUUUGGGCGAUGGCAAUGUAGUUUGGUUGGGUUUUUGAUGAUCGGCAUUUGUGGACUAAUUGUAAAUAUUUUGAUCUGAGUUACACAAUUGAUUAUACUGUCAUUGUCACUCUAUUUUAUCGUGUUUAGAUUCCAUUUGCCCAGAAUAUUUACCAUCUGAUUAUUCCAAAUGCCGUUUUGGGACUCGGUCUCGGGUUGGUCGACACUAAUAUGUUCCCAAUGCUCGGACAUAUCGCUGAUCUUCGCCAUACAAAUGUUUAUGGCUCAGUUUACGCCAUUGGUGAUGGAGCUGCAUGCCUGGCGUUUGCAACAGGCCCCUUUAUGGCCGGGCCUAUUGUGCGAUACUUUGGGUUUAGAACGUACGUUUUAUGUCUAAUUCUUCUAUAGUAAAAAUACGAUUAUUUACAGGAUGAUGACUGUAAUGGCAGUCGCAAAUCUUGCCUUUGCUCCAUUCAUGUUGAUAAUUAAACGGCUUCCGGAUAAAGUGGAAGACAAGCAGACUCUUCCGAAAGAACGAUCCGUUGUCUCAGUCAUAGACAAUGUCCCGGAGUACAUAAAAAACUAA